AUACCGAGGCCACUAACUGACCGCAGAUUUUACCGAGCACACUACUCUUUUUUAUCAUGCAUGUGUCUUUCGCUUUGUAGAACUUGGUUUUCCACUUUUCCGUCAAUAUUUAGCUCCCUUGCAUCUGGCAUCGCGAUCACUUACACGUUUGUCUGGUUGGAUUGACGGAGUUUUCAAGAGAAAGGACGUUGACGGAUGGGAUGUGCGACGGACUUACGGAGACUGCGUGAGCGGCACUGUAUCGACGGAGUUCCUGAGCCUGAGACGAUCAUCGCGACCCUGCACGCCAUCCGACGCGUCACUGAUCAUUCGUUAGCUGCGAGAUUUAUGGAAGUCCUGAUUUUUUAACGGCUGAGUGAAAAAAAUGUCUUCCCAGUUUUCGGAGGAAGCAUGGGACGCUGAACUUAUCAUUCACGGGCAUGGAAUGAAUCAGAAAGAGAAUGCAGCGCUGAAAACGGCUAUGACCACCUUGCCGCGCCCUUCGGCCAGAAGAAUGUUUGAGGCGAUAAACAAUCAAGCGUGGCUUAUGGUGCGCUUCUUCCUCAAUGGCAGCCAACCAAUUUUCAAUAUUGAUCCUCAACGUAAGAUUGUUCGCUGCGUUGGAAAAUCUGGAUUCUACAAUAAAUUUGAGGAGGCGGCGACAAGAUUCAAUGAUGCAUAUCAUCAGCUGCGGGGUCUGGAGCUGCGUGGCAGCCGGGAAACGACGCGCAGGCAUGCUGACACAGAAGCAGAAAGUUCUAACAAAUGGAUUCUAAUGCUUGGUUUAAAAGACGCUGGUAAAACCACCAUUCUGUAUAAGCUGAGUCGCGGUGAGGUAGUGAAUACCGCUCCAACCAUCGAUGAUUUCCAUUGCGAAACGGUGGAACACGAUAACUCCCGAUUCCGGGUGUGGGACGUGAGCGGCCAUGUACGAAAAAUUGAAGUAUCCGCUGGCGUCCGGCAGAUCAUAAUCGAUAAAUCUUCCUUGAAUGCGUCGCAUAAAAUUCUUCGAGAACCGGUCCGGGUCAUGGUUGGACAACGGAAAUUGGCAAAUGCUACACUGCCCGCAGGUUUGAUUUUUGUGGUGGAUAGUAAUGAUCGGGGGCGCGUCGUUGAAGCUCGGGAAGAAUUGAUGCGGAUGUUGGCUGAGGAUGAAUUACGCGAUGCUGUUCUGCUUAUUUUUGCCAAUAAACAGGAUUUGCCGAAUGCAAUGAACGCAGCAGAAAUUACCGAGAUACUUGGACUGAAUUCCCUCCCAGACCGAAUUUUUUUCAUUCAAGCCACAUGGGCCACGAACGGUGAGAUGGGCGGUGACGGCUUGUAUGAGGGAUUGGACUGGCUUUCUAAUCAGCUGUGAACCGAAAAUGAGCGGAAAUAUGACUCCAGACAGCGCGGAUCAGCCCAUUGUACUGUUGUGUGUGGCCAAAGAUGUUUUUUUGUUAUUCGUCUCCAGUCUUCAUGCCAAUUGUGUUUGAGACCCAUCCAUUGUGGCAACCGUGGAGAAGAGAACACAGUUCGAGAACAAUCAUCGUAAUCACAAUCUUUUUUUUGCGAUUUCCUCUUUCUCUGCUAAUAUCUAUUUAUAUGAUGACGAAAGUCGCUCUUAACGUGAAAAUAAUGCAGUAAAAAAGCCAUCCUGUGUGUUUUUUUGUUUUCCGUUGGAUAACACUUGUAUAACACUUGACUGUUUGUAUACUUGCUUGCAUUUCGCAACACCACCCGCUUUUUAGCUAAUCUUUUUUAUGGACGAGCCCUUGAUUCUUUUAACACUUUUUGGGAUGAUUAUUGAAAAACGAUCUGGCCGGUUAACGACUUUGUGAACCGCACGUCUUGUUGAAUUAAUAGGGAAGGGUGUUAAAUUACUUGCUGG